CAAAAAACCCAGUAAAACCCAAUCAGACCAAUAUAGUUCAAAUCUAACAAACUUUAAAUCAUUAAGUAAUUAAAAAAAAUAUCUUCGCAAGCGACGGACAUGAAAAGGUUGUCCUAAAUGUGGGUGCAUAGUAGGAUACGUCUAAAUCGACAGCAUGAUAAGUGUAGUAGCGAAGACUAAUCGAUUACAACCAUUUCUAUAUCUAAUUUUGCACUUCAAUAUUUUCUUCAAUCAUAUCAAUUCCACGCCUCAUAGCGGUUUGAAUGAAUUCACAGGUAUGGAACGCCCAUAUUUUGAUGAUGAUAGCCCUCGUAACGUAUCGACAGUAGCUGAUGAGCCUGCGAUACUAAAAUGUCGCGUUAAGAACAAAGGCAACCGUACGGUUUCGUGGAUGCGUAAGCGAGAUCUUCAUAUACUGACAACUAACAUCUAUACUUAUACUGGCGAUCAGCGUUUCUCUGUUCUGCAUCCGCCCGGCAGCGAUUAUUGGGACUUAAAAAUCGAAUAUGCGCAGCAGAGAGAUAGUGGAAUUUACGAAUGCCAAGUAAAUACGGAGCCGAAAAUUAAUUUGGCCGUAUCACUAGAAGUUAAUGCCGAGGCCGAUAUUAGAGAUAAGAUUACCGAACCCCAAUACUACGAUGCGAAAGGUUAGAUCCGCAGUUAAUAAUUCAAUAUUUUCUUUGAUUUUCAGAAAAAAAGAUCAAAGUGCUUGGGUGCUAAAGAUUUUUGAUCACUAAAUGUAGUUUAUGCA